GGUUGUGCCGGAUUUUGUGCGGGUUAUUUUGCUUUAAAAACGUAUCGACUGUUGCCGGUUAAAGUAAGGCAUUGAGAACAAUUACUUAAUUACAAGUGUUUUUAUUGUUACGCGAACGUGAACAGCAAUAAGUGCACGCUACCAAAAUGUAUGAAUGAAGACCAGUCGACGAAGAUUUUGUCGUUCUGAGUUUUUGGGCUAGAAAUACUUUUGAGCUGAGAGAAAUAACAAUAAUAAUAACACUGCGAAAAGCCAUAAAGCAGGAUCUGAAGCACACAGAGUCUCGAGUCUCAGCCGGCAGACAAGAUGUUACCGCAGCAGUACUGCCUGCGCUGGAAAUACCAUCACAGCAAUCUGCAGACAAUGUUCUCGCAGUUGCUGGACCGUGGUUGCUUCUGUGAUGUGACCCUCGCAUGCGAGGGGCAAUUGAUAAGAGCGCAUCGCGUUGUGCUUUGCGCCUGCAGCACUUUUUUCGAUUCGGUGCUCUCGAAUUAUGCCAGUGAACGAGAUCCGAUAAUCAUAAUGAAGGAUGUGACAUUUGCUGAGGUUAAAUGCCUAAUCGAGUUUAUGUACAAGGGCGAGAUUAAUGUGGAGCAUGCCAGCUUGCCGUCGCUGCUGAAAACUGCAGAUGAUCUGAAGAUCAAGGGCUUGGCUGAGGUCACAUGGCGCGACGAUGAGGACGGACCGCCGCCGCCAGUGCCAGCGGCUGAGUUUCAUUCACCAGCGCGCAGUCUGGCCGAGAGCUAUGCCCAGGACAUGCUGCAGCAGCAGCAGCAGCAGCAGCAUCAGCAGGCGCAGCCCAGACACAGCACAGAGCGCGCCGAGGACAACGUGCUGAGUCGUCUGCCAGCGUUGACGCCGCUGCCUGCGGCCGUCGUGGACUGCGCUGCGCCCGUCGUCGAUGCGUACUUGGGACCGAAGCGCAAGCGUGGACGUCCGCCCUUGGAUGAUACCUACGAUGUUUUCAAUGUGCGCAAGCUGGCACAAUAUGCAGCCAAUCUGGAGCCAGCACAGCGCGCCUAUCUGGAGUCGGCGCGUGCCUAUGUGGAUGAGCCUGUGGGAAGUGUGGCGCUGGGUUCGCCGCCAGCGGCUUGUCCGCCCAAGCAGCGACAGCGCUUGCGUCAAACAGAGGAUUGCCAGUCAGAGGAUUGGCAGGAGCAGCAGCCAGCGCCACAGCAGCGUCAGCUGAGUCCCAAGCCAGGCGCGCUAGACAUAAAGCCAGAGCUGGAGCAGGCAGCGGUUGCGCGUGCAUUGCCACUGACUAGUGCAGCCAAGAAGUCCAGCGAGAAAUGCAGUGAGCGACGUGAGCGUCAUGGCAAGCUGCGUCAUGCUACGCGUCGUCUCUACGCUGAGCGUGAGCGUUCGGCAGAAAAGGCGCUGGCCGCCGCGCAAGAGCAGCUGGCGGAGCAGCAGCGCGCGCUGCCGCAAACUGUUGAGGAAAUUGAGAAUGAGCAUCUGUUGGCCAAUCGCGCCGAGUCGCCAAAUGCAGCACGCGCUCUAGCCUUGCUGCCCAGCAGCUUUGCUGCCAAGUUUGCAUCGCCUGGUGAAGCCAACGAGGCUGGCUAUAUGCUCAACGAGCAUGGCAUGAUGAUGGCGCAUGACUUUGCGCCCAGCGUGGUGGCUGCUGCUGCCGCAGCUGCUGCUGUGGUGCAUGCCAGCAAUGGUGGCAAUCCAACUGUUGCUGCUGCUGAGCCUGCUGUUGAUUAUGCUGAGGUUAAGCUUGAGGAUUAUGAUGCUGCCGAGCUGCGUUUGACCAACGAAGAGUUGUCCGAGUGGCAGGAUGUUAUCAAAAUGGAUGACUAUUUGGCCAAAGGCAGACGCCCGCAGUUCUGGGAGGAGCCGUUUACCAAGCGUGUACUUGAUGCCAUUAAGAACAAAAGACUUGAAAUGAAGAAAGCUGCUCGCAUUUUGGGCGUCUCUUAUGGCACGCUCUAUGGACGCUAUCGUGAGGUCUACGGCUGUCUCAAGCAUCCCUAUAGCGGCACCAGUUUUCGCAACUCCAUUGGUCUAAGCGCCUCCUCGCCUGCCACUCAGCUGGCCGUGCAGUCGCGCUUUGAUCUGAGCUUUCGCAGUAGCAAUGUGCUGCCCACACAGCUGGAGCUCAGCAAACUGCGGCAGAAGGACCUGAGCGAGCUGUGGACACGCCCGCAAAUUUGAAAAAAAAACCAACGAAAAUGUUGCAAAAUCUCAAAAAUCAACCCAGAUUAAUAUAAUAAUUCUUUUUUUUUUUUUUUAAGUACAUACCCAUUGUAUUUAUUGCACUUGCCACAUGUGGGGCAAGCGUUUGUACGCAGCAAACGAUUAUGAAAAGACAGUUUAGCUACUUAAGUUAAGUGUGAGGCUAGUUUGAGUUGAGUUAGUUUAAUCAAACUACAAAAGCAAAAAAAAAGAAAUUGAAAAAGAAAAACAAAAAAUUGAACAAGCUGUGUUUUUGAUUUACAUGCUUCAUGUUAUUUACU